AUGGCAUCUACUUUUUUCCAUAGUGAAGAAGAACUUCUUUCCUUUAAAUACCCUACCUCUUCAUUCUCCAAUGAGACUGCUCAGAGAGAUACCAUUCCAAGAACAAAUAGUAUUAAUAAUGGCUCUCAAGAUUACUAUUCCACACAGAAAGAACUUUAUAGGACGAAUUUUACACCAAGAAAAUCGAUUGAAGAUUGUUUGAAAGAAUUAGAUGGAUAUUUUCAAGAGUUGAGUAUUCAACAUUCUAAAUUCAAUAAUACACUUUUACCAAGAAGAACCGAUCUUGAAUCCACUUCUUUGAAUAUCAAUGAAGGUUUAGUGUCACCCACUACUCCUGCUUUUAAUUUGAAUACCUAUCCAACUCCAACUGAAACUCAUAAUUCCAAUACUCCUUUAAAUAGUCUUAGUGCUUCUCCACCUUUUGCUGGUUUUCAAAGAUCAGACACAAUUUCGAAAUAUAAAUCUUCAAGUAUUGGCCAUGGAUCACAUAUGGAUGAUGAAUAUAACCUAUUUUCUCCUGAUUUAAACAAUUUCGACAAUAAUUUGGAUUUUACAUUUUUGGAGUCUCCAACUUUACAAAAUGAACCUCUAAAUACAUCGGCUAAUAUAAACCCAUAUAAACAGCAUUCCUACCUUUCAAGUUUAUCUCAAAAUUACUUGGAUAAUUAUUGCUAUGGUUCUGAUCCAAAAAAAUAUAAUUCUAAUAAUGAAAAAUUACAAUAUUUGACACAUUAUUUGAAUUCAAAUUAUAAUCCAACUAUUCAUGAAAAUGAUCUUGAAAUAUCCAAUAUUUUUUCCAAAACUUUUGAUCUUUCUAAUGAUAAAUCUAAUUCAAAUAAUGGUAAUAACGGCAACAAUAACAACAACAACAAUAAUAAUAAUAAAAACAAUACCAAUUUUUCAAAUAAUAUUUCAGGUCCCACUUCAAGUAAUUUUGGUUCUGCGACUUCAACUUCCACUGAAUCUCAUAAUACACAUAAUUAUAACUCAAGAUCUUCUACAAAUAACGGUGGAUCCAUUAACUUUAAUUUAUCUGAAUUUAAUCAAAUUUCUACUACUAAUACUGCUACAACUCAAAGUACAAUCACUACAAACAAUACUAUAAAUAAUUUCAACUUAAGUUCCAAUAAUACAAGUUUUUCAUAUAAUCAAAAUUGGGAUAGUGGACCAAAUCAAAGAAGACGUAACACUAUCCAUAAUUUUAAUAAUUAUAAUUUGAAUUCUUCAGAAAUUGAUAAUAAAAAUCGCACCGUUACAUCUAAUGAAUUUAAUAAUACCACUAUUAACUCUAAACCAAGACGGAAAAGUUUAUCAAUUGUUCCAAAAUGGAUCGAUAUCCCUGUUGGAUCAAGAUUUUUCGUUAUUAAAUCAUGUUCAUUAGAACAUAUUAAAAAAUCUUUUUAUAAUGGUAUUUGGUCAUCAACCUUUUUUGGAAAUAAAAGAUUAUCUGAAGCUUAUGAAGAAAUUACUUUAAGCAACACAUUGAAAGGGUCCACAAGCAAAAUUUAUUUAUUAUUUUCUGUAAAUGCAUCUGGUAAAUUUUGUGGUGUGGCUGAAAUGACAUCAAAUCUUUUAGACGAAUAUGAUACAAGCAUUUGGAAUGAUAGUAAAAAAUUUGCCAAGGCUUUCCAAGUAAGAUGGAUUAUUGUAAGAGAUAUUUUUAAUAAAUAUUUAAAACAUUUCUUAUUACCUUCUAAUGAUAAUAAGCCUGUUACGAAUUCCAGAGAUACUCAAGAGAUUCCAUUUUCAAUUGGUAGCUCAAUCUUAAAGAUUUUUAAAUCUGAUUUAAGCACUUUGGAAUCGUUUCUUGAUGAUGAAUAA